AUGACGACUGUUGUGCAGCAAACCGUCGGAGGCGGUGGUGGUAUGAGGAACUGGUCGACGGGCCUGUUCGACUGCUUCAACGAUAUCACCGUCUGCCUGCUGGGUUGCUUCUGUCCCGUAUGCCUGCUCUUCCAGACGGCGUCGCAGCUCGGAGAGAACGGCUGCUGUGUGGCAUGCUGUAUCCCAUGGCCCUACGGUCAGAUGAUGCUUCGGGUGAAGAUACGCUCUGAGAAUAAUAUCCAGGGAAGCAUCUGCGACGACUAUUGUACGGUGGGCUGCUGCCAGGCGUGUGCUAUGUGCCAGGAAGCUCGCGAAGUGAAGUACAUCCAGAUGAACCAGGGAGGCGGACAGAGCACCCUGACGGUCGUCACCACGCAGCCCCAGAUGCAGCCCGUCGCCGUGCAGCCGGCCGUCAUGCAGCCAGCGCAGCCGAUGAUGGCGCAGCCAGGCUAUGCCUAA